AUGCUUCACCAGCCCGCAGCCGCGACUAUGGAGCACCUCCUGCAUCUCCACAACUCUUCCUCCAGCAGGAUGUCUCACCAUCUCUAUGACCCAUGGGAUACCAACACCUCCACCGUCACCACAUCUGAUCUCUCCCCAGAUGAGUCUGUCAGCCCAUGGGACAUUAUCCUUUGUGUAACAGGGACAAUCAUGGCGUGUGAGAAUGCAAUAGUGAUUGCUAUACUCUUCUAUACACCCACUCUUCGUGCCCCCAUGUUUAUACUCAUCGGUAGCCUGGCGCUGGCUGAUCUCCUGGCUGGUGUGGGACUCAUUGUGAAUUUCGUAGUUCUAUAUGUGUUUAAUAAUGAAGUGGCUACACUAAGUUCUGCUGGGCUGCUCUUAGCCUCUUUCUCUGCCUCUGUCUUUAGCCUUUUAGCUAUCACAGUGGACAGAUACCUGUCUCUCUACAAUGCCCUUACAUAUCACACAGAAAGAACUCUGACUUUUACUUACUUGAUGAUACUCCUGUUAUGGGCGCUUUGCAUCUGUAUUGGCUUAUUACCCAUCAUGGGAUGGAACUGUGUUAGGGAAGAGUCCUCCUGCAGUGUUCUGAGGCCAGUGACCAAAAACAAUGCAGCUGUACUGGCGGUGUCCUUCCUCCUGCUCUUUGCCUUGAUGAUGCAACUGUACCUGCAGAUUUGCAGGAUUGCAUUCCGCCAUGCCCAGCAGAUUGCAGUCCAGCACCAAUUCAUGGCCACAUCUCAAGCCUCCAGCACAAGGAAGGGGGUAUCAACCUUGUCUCUCAUACUGGGCACCUUUGCACUAUGCUGGAUUCCCUUUGCUGUGUACUCACUAGUUGCUGACUCCAGUUACCCCAUGGUAUACACCUACUCGCUGGUCCUGCCAGCUGCCUGUAACUCCGUCAUCAACCCCAUAAUUUAUGCUUUCAGAAACCCAGACAUUCAGAAGUCAUUAUGGCUUGCUUGCUGUGGUUGUAUGCCACCCAGGUUCUUAUCUGGAGCUAGAACUUCCAGUGAUGUAUAG